CAGUGUUUGUCAGCAAAGAGUAUGUAAUCACUACGAUAGCCUGUGAUUUGUGAUUCUGCGGAUGCUCUUGUGCUCCAGUACUCCGCCCCAUACAAAAGUUUCAUAGGUCUCUAUGAAAGAUUCGCUUCCUGUUUGUCAGUUUAAACCACUUAAACUCUGUUUUGACUGCGUACUUCAGCUAGCCACGCUCGUGGUCACAGAAGCUCUGCCCCGCAGCCCAUUUGCAUCAAAACAAGAUCUUUCAAGGAGUAAGCAAAAUAACAGGACAAUGAUAAACCGCACAAAACACCAACUCAAGAGUAAUAUGGUGUUGACAUCGCUAGGACCUGACCACUGUGACUUACACAUACUAGAACACCCCUCGGAAGACAAACAGACAGAAUCAGAGGAAACUGGACUUGUAAUCAAAACUGAAGGAAGUGAUGACUCUCUGUUGGUUGAUCAAGACAUAAAAGUGAAGAAUGAAGAUGACAGCAGUAAUAUGUGUGAUUUUGUUCAGGAGAAACUAGAGUAUGAAAUUAGUCUCUUCCAAUGUACAUUUUGUUUGGAGGAAUUUGUCCAUGAACAUGCGUACAUGCAACAUAUGAACAUGCACCUCCAGAAUGAUGAAGGUGAAUAUGGCACAUCACAAGAAUGCAAGCCUCAUAAAGCUGUGAGCUCUAGCUCUUCACACUCUUCACUCAUCACUGAGAACAAGCAGGCAGACCCCGGCCCUUGCGCACGCGCCGCGACCACCUUAGUCGCUCCUCUGCCCGCGAAUUUGGCUACAAAUAACGAGAUAAAAGUGACCCUAACUGAAGAAGCCGGGACGAACGUCGUUUGCCGAUAUAGAAGAUUAACAGAUUGUUUUGUCAAAUUAAAUGACAUUUUCACAAAAAAAGUUGUUCCAAGACAAGAUGGGUUGCUGGUGGAAACAUCAAAAACAGUUUGGUCUUGUGUCAAUCCGAAUAUUGCGUUGAAAGAUAUAGAGAGAGAGAAUAAAGUCCCUAAAACAGAAUACAUUCAUCCAGUCACCAAUGAAGACAAAGUUACAGUAUCAAAUACUUUGUACAUUUGUGACUUUUGUCAAAAAAUGUUUAAACAAAAAAGUCUCCUAGUAAGACACAUUCAGAGUCACACGUCACUAAAAAGUUUUGCUUGCAAGGUUUGCCGAAACAAAUGCAGAUGUAAAAGUUUAUUUAAUGACCACACGAGAACUCACACUGGUGAAAAACCGUUUACUUGUAAUUUAUGCAAUUACAAAUGUGCACUAAAUGGCAGUCUAGUGUGGCACAUGAGGGCUCACACUGGUGAAAAACCGUUUACUUGUAAGCUGUGCAGUUACAAAUGUAUAACAAAUAGCUCUCUUGUUAGACACAUGAAAACUCAUACGGGUGAAAAUCCUUAUUUUUGUACGAUAUGCGAUUACAGAUGUGUCUCAAAUAGUAAACUAUUGUUACACAUGGGAACUCACACCGGCAUAAAACCGUUCUCAUGUAAGUUGUGCAGUUACAAAUGUACAAGAAAUUGCUCUCUUGUUUUGCAUAUGAGAACUCACACUGGUAUCAAACCUUACACAUGUAAAUUUUGCAAUUAUAAAAGUGCAGAAAGCGGUAAUUUAGUGAGACACAUGAGAACUCACACGGGGAAAAAACCGUUUACUUGUGAGCUGUGCAAUUACAAAAGUGCACUAAGUUGCACUCUAGUGAGGCACAUGAGAACUCACACUGGUAUUAAACCUUACACAUGUAAAUAUUGCAAUUAUAAAAGUGCAGAAAAUGGUAAUUUAGUGAGGCACAUGAGAUCUCACACUGGUGAAAAACGUCAUCAUUGUAAGUUAUGCGAUUACAAAUGUGACUCAAAUAGCAGGCUUAUGAGGCACAUGAAAAUCCACACUGGUGGAAAGCCUUCAUCAUAUUUGUGAACCGCACGCUUCACUCCGCCACCGGAGAGUGCUCAGGAUACAGACUACAGGCAAACUAGAAACCGUAAUAAGCUCGCAACUCCUACGAUCCGCCUCAGAAAAGUGGGA